GGACCGUUCAACGGGAAAGCAUCCCCGGAACCGAAGAAACUUGAAGCUUUUUUAUUAAGAGCAACACAAUAUAGAAAUAUAGAAACGGGCACCGUUUUUUCUCCGUGGACGACGCCGUCUGUGUUCUGUUCCCGUGCUGCAGAAAAAACAGAAGAGACAGAAUUCUUGAUCGUUUAUUUCGCUUCUCCGGUGCGGCGGCGAGCGCGUGCAGUGUGCAAGCGGGUUUGUAGCACCAAGAAAUCCGGUUGCUAUAAAGGAAAACCCUGACAUACACACAUACAUAAGAACGGGAGGGUGAGACGACCCUUUUGUACAAUCGUGCUGGGUAGAAUAUCGAUGGCAUCAACUCGACUCGGCUGGUUUCUGCCUUCAUCGCUCGCUGGGCCCGGUGGCUCCGUGGGCUCGCGUACGCUGUCAGUCGUGUGCCGAGAACUCGUGCAGUGCGGUGUGCUCGUGUAGAGGGAACCUACCUAUCGCUCAGACUCAGCCGAUUGCACACCAACCGCCCGUCUGUCCUGCCAGGUUUGCCAGGUGUGCCGGGACAGGAAACCAUUCUCUAGACCGCGCGUAGAGAGUGCAACCUGGCGAAAGAUAUGUGUGUAUAUGUGUGUGUGUGUGUGCAUCUCGUAAAGUAUGCUGACUAGUAGCUGACGCUGCUGCAACACUAGCCCUAUACCGAGUGCCUUUGCGUGUGCGUUGGUGGCGUGUUAUCAUCCUCCACAGAAGUUCCUAAGCGUAGCAGGGUGAGCAGCAAGUUCCCGAUCGAUGUCGAAUUUCCGAUAGCAUUCCUGCCUCAAGCACUCCCCCAGGCCCUAUACUACCCGCUUUUUUCCGGGAUUAUUGUGUAUGAUUACUCGGUGUGUGUGUGCGGCUGGCUGCGGAGGUCAUCCAGUGUGAGUUGCUGAUGAUCGAAAGCGAAAGUGUCAAAUCCGCCGCCGAGAGAUGUACGCAGGAGAAUCGUCGGGUUCUAGGUUUGUACGAGCAUGAGCGAUAGAGAGUGGGAGAGAGAGAGCGUUGUAGAAGUUCGUAAUGCGUGUGUGAGAAAAAGAGCACGAACACGAGCGAUAGAUACUGACAUCGGGACACAUUACCGUUGGUGAGCAAAAGGAACCGUGCUUUCCAUCCCUCAAACCAGGUCUCGAGGAAGAUGUCGUUUGGAAGUCUUUGAAGAAACCAUCACCAGGCCUGGCAGCGGUCGAUUCGAAUGCCUGAGAACGAUGGGGGCACGAUAUUUUACUCUGAGUGGAUAUCCGGAAAAUUGACGCGUGAAUUCUAAGUCUAUUACACCCGUGCUAUGAAGGGCUUUACUCUGCGGCGUAUCCUGCUCUAAUGUGUGUCAGCUGUGAGUUUGCUGUCUAGUGUGUCCAAUUCUCCUUGCUCCAGGAAGUGUGUGUGAGUAGGUGCGCAAUUCCUGCGUAGGGAUUACUUUGUAAGAAUUGGAAAGGAUCGACCAGCAAUAGUAGCAAACCGUGCUCUCUAGUGUAUAUUUGGUGAUGAUGGACAAAGAAAAAGAGAAUGCUAGAGAAUAGCACGGUACUACUACUACUGCUACACACACACUCCCGAGAAUCACCUUCCCGUGUUGCUCGCGGUACAGGAAAAUCGAAGAGCGUGUUUGGUGACUGGUGAGCGUGCAGUGAGAACAAACUCCUACUAUUCUUUGUUGUUUGCCGAAGGUGACUUUGGAAGUGUCGAGUCUGUGCCUGUGUGUGUUUGUGAGUGUGUGUAUUAUAGCACACAUAUACACAUACCGGUGUUUUACUAAAGCGCUCCCUCCAGCCUUCCGGCCCCGAAACUACUUGCUCCUGAGAGGGGGGCUGAAGCAAAUCUGUGGUUGCAAAAUGCCUGGCCUGUUCCCAUCGCGGAGGAUUGACGGUCACGACUCGGGCACCGAGUCGGACGGUGACCUGGAGCAGGAAGACGACCUGAUACAGGAGCACGAGAUGGAGCUAAGUUUAAGCUCCCGGCAGGACACGGUUUCGCCGACCGAUACGGCCUGCUCGUCCGAAUCGCCCGCCUUUCUCGGGCCGCCCUCCUCCUCCUCCCACCUGCUGGCGUACGAUCAGAACAGCUCGGAGGAGGAGCUGGAGGUGAUCAAUGGAGGUGGCGGGUCCGCGGGCUGCGAUCUCGUCGAGGUGGGCAGCGUGAGCGGUGUGCCGAGCCGGCUGAGCGGGCUGCCCAUCCUAAGCAACCCCCACACGGACGAGGAGACUGAGGAGGAGGAAGAGGAGGAGGAGGAGGAAGAAGAUGAUGUGACCGAAGGUAUCGUGGACGAGGUGGAGGAGGAGGAGGAGGAUUACGUGGCGACACCUGGAGCAGCACCGGCGGGAACAACGGCAGCAGCGACAAUCAGCGAAAGUACGGCGGGCCAGUGCGGUGGCCCCGGCGCCAUGGACACGAGCGGCAGUAUUGUGCGGGGCCGGGAGUUCAUGGUGAUCGGGGCGUGCGGCGCUGACGAGGACGACGGUGAGGCGGAGCCGCUGGACGAUUUUGCCGAGGAGCUGUCGAGUCUGACGGCGAUCCCCCAGACGAUGGCGGCGGCGGCGGCGACGACAGUGGUGCCGCUUGCACCGGCACCGUUAGCGACCAAACUGAUCUCAUCGGCGGCGACCGCCGGCAAGCGGUUGGGAAGUGUGAGCAGCUUUCUGGAGAAGCGCAAACGUUCCCUGGCGCACAAUUCGGAUGAUGAGGUACGCUAUCUGCUGGAACAGCAACAACCACCGAACCAGCAGCAGCAGCAGCAACAACCGACCCAUCAUCAUCAUCAUCCACUCGCGCAUCAAUAUCAUCAUACGUUGCGCCACCAUCACCACCACCACCACCACCUGCAGCACCAACAGCAGCAGGAGGAGCUCCAGCCGGAGGAGGCGGCGCCCCUGUCGGCGCCGGUCAACUUCCGCACAUCGCCACCACUAGAAGCUUUAAAACCACACCGUGGCCAUAUACUGCAGCGCUCGACGACCCCGCUAGUGCUGGGCGAGGGGUGCGGUGCGGCCGGUGUUGCUCCGACCGCACCGAGCGGGCUUCGGCCCUCGUCCGGGUCGUCGCUGUCGUCGCUCGGCGGUGGCACCACCGGCAUUAGCGGUUUCUACGGCACCGGUAGCAACAGUAGCUGCAGCGGUAGCAACACUAGUACGACCGUAGGAAGUUGUGUUGGUGGUGGUGGUGGUGCCGGUGGCCUUCGUUUCGGUCUCGGCCGACGCCCCAUUGGCUGUGAUAGUCCAUUGACUGCGGUGUGCCAUCGCAACAGCACCAAUCCGCCACCACACCACGGCGGUGGCACCGGCAGCCUUGGAUCCGGGCUUAGUACAACAACCACUCGAACGUCAUCAUCAUCAUCAUCGGGGGCGGCGGCGUCCCUGUCGUCGGCACCGGCUUCGCUAGUACGGCUCGGGGCGGGCAGCAGCCCGGAACCGGCCGGCGGCGGCGGCGGCAGUAUCACCACCACCACCCCCCUAGUAACUAGUAUGGACGUGAGCCGGUCCGUUAGUCCACCGGCGAAGAUGUUCCACUGUGCCGUGUCGCCGCGCCGGCGACAGCCCCGCCACCAGCAGCAGCGGCUGCAGCGUCCCCACAGGCCCUGCCUAGACUUUGACAAGAUGCAACAGCUGAAGGCACGCUCCGUCACCACCUGGCGGCACAGCAACGAGCACUCGGGCGAGCUGUCCGUCUUCUGCUGGUGAUGAUGAGUGAAGGACAGUCUCCGCCGGGCGUGGCCGUCAGCCGCCAGCAUUGCCACCGCCAUCAUCCUGAGCGCGGUGGACUGUCUGUGCCGUGGGCUGUCCGUGCCACCAGCAGCAGGAGUUGUCAUGCGGAAAGCGGAACAACACGAGCGCGUGUUUGCAUCGAACCGACCCGACGUGGGGUCGGCGAUGGUUUUAUUACUGGAGAAGGACGGGCGGCGCUGUCCAAUCCUGGCUGUGGCUGUGGUGUGUUUCCUGUAGUUUCCAGCCGCCUUUUGCGACGACGCGACACGAUGACGACGAGUUUGCGGCACGCGCGAAGCGGCAGAGUCAGGUCGCUGCGUGUGGGGCGGGGGCUUUUAUUUGUUAGUGAGCGUGAUAGUACAAGCGUUUCUUUGUUUCAAUUUUGUACUCGGAAAGGAGUAGCAAAAAAGGAUUCGCUCCGUUGAUUUGUCCCCUUGGCUGCGUGCGGCUCAAACAGUUUUAGAUAUUAGUUUCGAAGGAGCAGGCCCCAAACACGGCCGGGCAAACCGUGUUCUUCUUCGACGAAUCGUCUCACACACACACACAGCGUGCGACGUGUGUUUAUGUGUGUGUAUAAGUGCACAUUAAGCGAUAAUGUGUUUGUGUGUGUGUGUGUUUUGUUUGUUUGUUUUUUAAAACUAUCUUUACACUUAAUGACAUUUUCAAAGCAAUUUUGUGAUUUUAAUCGUUAGCAAUAUCGUGUAUUAAGUUUGAUCGUUUGAUAGAUGUACUUUCCAAUUUCCUCUCAGUUUGGACGAAAGGCCAAUGCGGCGCUAUGAACCCUUGUUUUCCGUUCUUCCUUUUCUGCAACAGUUGUGCGGGAAGCAUGGUAAGGAACUAGCGUUACUACUGUGUGUGCGUGUUUGUUUUGUUUUUUUUUUUGGAAAAGUCAAUCUGGAAACAAACUGGAUUCAAUCAAACCAGUGUACCAGUAAGGAGAUUAGGACGAUAGACACAGCGAGAGAAAGAGAGAGAGAGAGAGCGAGCUAGUUCUUCUCAGGGACAUACACAUACGAAACACGCACACACACACACGCACGCUAAUAAAUGGCGGAAGGAUAUGCAAUUGGGUAGGACAGAGGAGCGAACGUUUGGGAAGUGUUAGAAUUGGCAGCUGGCGCUAGGUGAAUAGAACCGAACGCUACCAAAGAACGGGCGCCGCGCAAGCAAUCCUGGCGCGGGAGGAUGGGCGAGUGAAAGAGCACCUGCUUGAAGCAAGCAAAACAAACAUAGUGCAACAUAGGACAAUAGGGCAAAACAAACAAACAAAAAUCAUCAUCCGGAGGCACAUGCAACAAGCGCGCUGUAGUAGCGCUGGAUAAUGCGCUAAGCGUUGCAGCUCCAUUUUUAACCGUUUUCCUUCCGCUGGUUGGGGGAAAAAGCACAGGCUAGUGUAAACAUCGAUGUGUUUGUAUCGAUCGGACAGGACAGGGGUAGGAGCAGUCAUUCAAUUAACCACAUAAGACAUCCAUUUACAAACACAAUACACACAAAGAAGAAAAAAAACAAUACCUGCCAUGGUCCUUGUCCGCGUGCGCGUAAUAAUAACAAAACCCCAAACAUACAACAAA